CAGACUCCUACCCACGAUGCAGCGCGGUUGCACACAACAUAGCCAUCUUGUCAAGAGUGACUGAGUGAGGGAGGUAACUGUGGGCGCUGUGUGGAUUCUCGUUUGUUUUAAAGCGUCAAAUUUGACAGCCUUUUCCUCCCUCGACCGCUAAGUGAGCGUCGCCACCGAAUGACUUUGAGCUGGUGAAGCGAGCGGCCACGAACGACUGCUUUCGGGAAGAUGUCUCACAUACUUGUUCCGACGUAGGGGGAGUGUGCAGCAGCCAGUUGGCUUGACUUGCUAGCUAGCUUAGAGAGUGGAGGGCUGCGGGCCCUCCUCAGCGUAAAGUAGCUCCUGCAGCUGGGCAACACACUCUGCGACAACGGCCGUUUGACAACUGCACAACCGGGACGUUAGCAGGCCGGUCCGGACCGGCCGAAAGCUCUGGAUCGAGCUUGGUAGAGGCUGCUGGUGCCCGCGUCUGAAGCCGCAUUGCUGGACAAGGCGAGACGAAGUGUGGCGUUGCGUUAUGAGCACAUGAAACGCAACAGGAGACCGAGAGAGGAAGAGGGAUGGCGUAGAUUCAUCUCGACUACAGAAAGCUAGGCUAAGUAAAAUACACCCAACUGUGCUGUUUAGUAUGAUCUGAGCUUUUAGAAGCUGUAACCAGCUCCCCCCUCUCUGUCGGAGGAUAAACUUAGCCAUACGGGACUUGGAAUCAGGCUGUCAAUAUGUCGAAAAUGCCGGCCAAGAAGAAGAGCUGUUUUCAGAUCACCAGUGUGACUCAGGCCCAGGUGGCGGCUAUAGGUGCCACCGACGACACGGAGAGUCUCGACGACCCAGACGAGUCACGGACUGAAGAUGUGUCCUCGGAAAUCUACGACAUGUCACGGGCGGAGUACGAGCCUGCGUGUGACAGGAGUUCAUCUGAAGAAGCCCUGAAUAAUGUCGGAGAACCGGAGGCGAUCAGUGUUAUGGCACCAUCACUCAUACCUCAACAGCUGUCAAGCAAUCCCAUCGGGGAGUUUCGAAAGAUUCAGACUCAAGGGGGGAUUGGCGCUACAGCAGGUUUACCCUUAAGCACCCAGCCGGGGGCAAUGCAACAACAGUCUGCUCUGGCAGUCAGUGCUGGACCUGCCGGUGUGUCAGUGAACACAUCCCAGCCUGCUACAGUGACCAGCUCCGCUCCUCCUCCUGCCACCUCCACGGUGAGUUGCACUUCACGUUUUAGGGUCAUUAAACUCGAUCAUGGUACUGGAGAACCCUUUCGAAGAGGCAGGUGGACUUGCACAGAGUUUUAUGAGAAGGACUCUGAGAGCUCCGCUGUUAGUAGGACUGUAGAUAGCAUGAGGCACGUCAGUGCAAUACUGGACCCUGCUGCAGACCGAGACAGCGGUCUUGGGCUUACAGGAGGAUCUGUUGUCGCCCCGUCAACACAUUCAGGUCAGGGCUUGGUCUCUGUGGCGGAUGCUUCUCUCUUGUCAUCGCGUAUGCAGUCAGUGGAGGCUGUAUCGCAGCAGCAACAGCAACAAAUCCACCAUCAAAACUACAGCGCCCGGCAGCAGGGUGGUAGUGGGUCAAUUGGAGACCGACCCACUUUCUCCAGCAGUAAACAGACAGCUGUCCCUGCUCAGCCGACAGUGGGGGGUCUCCCACCUUCUGCUCCCCAGAGCACGCUCCCUGUUGGACAAAACGGCCUUCCUCAGUCUGGCAUCCAUAUACAGAAGUCCCCCAUCAUGCCUCCUUCAGCUCAGACCACUGCAUAUCCUCAGCAGCAGCAGCAGCUUCCGCUGGGCCACCACCUGACCAGCCAGUCGGAGUACUAUCAGCAAUCAGGCCAGUCGCUCCCGGUGUCCAGCCUCGCUACUGGGCCACAGCCCGUGGGCCAGGGUCCUUCUUCGGUCUUGCCGCCAGCCUCUGGAGGGGCUCCUUUGCCAAGUCAGCUUGGAGACAUUACAGGAGCAGGAGGGGGAUCUGUACCUACUGGACAGCCAGCCCCGGGCCUCUUGCAGCAGCAGGCUGGAGGGAUGGGAGGGGUCGGAGGCUCCAUACUUACUGGUGGACCCACUUUGCAGCAGCAGACUUUGAGUCAGUAUGCAUCUGCUGGCCUCCACCCUGCAUCCUCCGGUGUACAAAAUGUGCCUGCCAUCGCAGUGAGCUCCAGUGUGCCCUCCACUGUGCCCACUGCUGUGCCCAGUGCCUCCAGUGCAGCCAUGCCAAAUGUGACAACUUCCAGUUUGCCUCCAGGUCAGGUACCCCCCACCAAGACUCCGGCAGCUUUGGCGGCUCAGGGCCUUCAAGUGACUGGAUUUGGACAAGCGGAAGGUGGUGGAGGGAAGUCAGAGAGCCUCAACGCACAGUCUCCUGGUGUCUCUGGGAAGGAAGCAGUGAAGCCCCUCAUGCCUGAGGGCCUGCAGCUUGCCACCCCAACCGUCAACAGCCUGUUUGGGAUCCACAUACCAGUCGACGGGGAUGUGGACAGGAACCCCUCCAAGGCUUUCUACCGGGCCUUCCAGUCUGGCAGAUUAAGGGACUCAAAGGCCCACAUUGAUAGGGCCUCCGGAACCAAUGUUGCUGCCAUUGAUAAUAAAAUUGAACAGGCAAUGGACCUGGUGAAAAGCCAUCUGAUGUAUGCCGUGCGCGAAGAGGUGGAGGUCUUAAAGGAGCAGAUCAAGGAGCUGUACGAGAGGAACUCUGUGCUGGAGAGGGAGAACGCUGUGUUGAAAUCCCUGGCCAACAGCGAGCAGCUGUCUCAGCUGUCCACCCAGUCGAACACCGGCUCGGGCGCCACGCCUCCCCAGCAAGGACUCAGCCAGCCCCAGCAACAGGCCCAGCCUCAGCCUCAGCCUCAGCCUCAGCCCCCACCUCAGCCUCAGCCCCCACCUCAGCCUCAGCCGCAGUCACACCCCCAGCUCCAGCACCACCCCAAACCCCAGCAGCUCCAGACACAGCCUCAGCUCGAUCCCAGCCAACAGCAACCCAACGUCACCUCCGCUUGAAGUGCAUCUGCCCCGCUUUGCAUGGGGCGGGAAAAAAAAAAGAAGAGCAUCUUCGCUACAACUUAUUAAAAUUAGUGUAUGUGAAAUUUAAAAAGAAGAAAAAAAAAAAAACUGUCUUCUUAGCCACCAGCUUGACCACAAAAGUACAGUGCUUGUGUGUGUGUGUGCGAGCGCAAGUGUGACUGUGAAAUGUAAGUGUGUAUGCAUCUGUACUGUGGGCCUUUCCAGUGUUAAUGCAAUCAUCAGAGAGAAAGAGUCAGACAGAGAAAGUGUGUGUAGAGGCAGAGUGUCAGGGAAGGUCAGGGUGUUUGUAUUUUUUUAUUUUUUGGUUCUUUUUUUCCCAUCUUGGCUGUGUUCCCGGAUCGGUUGACUGCGGGGUCCAACAUGUGGUGGACUGGGUGUCUUCAGACCGGCCUGCGACCUGACCUGAGGCCUGCUCAAAGCGUGGGUGUGGAAAAGGGCGGGGUCCGCCUCACAGAAGGGACAAAAAACAAACGAGACUGAUUGUCAAAAAAGAGAGCGAUUAUUUUUUUAAUUGAGAGACAACCGAUUGGGUACAGGGGUAUUUUUAGCCUUGCUGUUUCAUGUUAUAAAGUAAGAAGUGGGAGAGAGUCUGUUUUUUUGUUUUGUUUUUUCCUGGAGCGCCACACCGCUGCCCUUACUUUUACAUCAAGUCCAACCUUUGCAUCGGUCUUUGAGUUCUACUGUUAAGUGUUUUUAUUUAUUACGGGGCUGCUAUUUUCAUAAAUGAACAAUUUCACGAAACCUGUUUAACAAUAGCCCGGUGACUCCUUUCCUCUUUGCUUUUACAGUGUUUCACAACAGAUUGGCUGUACUUCCCAGAGGCAAUGCUUUACAUUUACUUGUUCAAGGAUAGGUUCACCUAAAAAAAUCACAAUGCAGUCUUUAUCUACUCACAUUUUUCCAAACAGGUUUUAAACGUGAUAAAACUGCAGGAAAAAGUGGAUGAAAUGGCUCCAUACAGCUCAACAAGCGUAAUCCGUGGCUCCCAAACUGAUUUUGUAAGACAUCAUUCACCCUUCUCAAAGUGGAAGUCUUCACUGUUGCUGCUUUGCUAAAAGUGUUGGCAUGCACCCCAGGUGAAGUGGGUACACCAGCUCAUCCACGCAUCAAGGGUGUCAGUGAGGUCGUUUUAAAUCAGUUUAGUAUCUCUGGACUUCCGAUGACUUUGAUUACUCCGGUUAAGCUGUAUGGAGCUGUUUGAUUCUUUUUUUUUAAAUUUGCUUUUUUUCAUGUCUAAGACAAGUCUGCUUAAGGAGAACGCUGCGUCUCUGUUUUGCUGUGAAACUCCCAAAAUGUUUUGUGGACUGCGAAACUUCACCCCUACUCACCAUCAACAUGGGACGCGAGGAGAUGACGACUGAGUUGUCAUUUUAGGUGAACUGCUUCUUUUUAAAGAGGCAGGCAAAAAAAACGAAGAAAUUCUGACAUGUUUAACACUAACUCAAAAUUUACUCUGCAGUUGCCAAUUCGUAGCUCCAGCCUGAAUGUACAUUAUUGUAUAGUAUAAAGUAUUAAGAGCCUUGAUGGGUGAUUCUUCACCUGCUGACAUCAAAUCUUUAACUCGAGCCUGUAGAAGGUGUUGGAUGAAGAUUCAGUUCGGUUGCAGUCCUCUCUAAAAGUGAAUUAGUGUUGCCAUACCCGCCUCCUUCAUGUUUUUUUUGUUUUUUUCCCCAAUGUUUUUCCUGAGGGGGCCAGGGGGGGAAAAGCUGUGAAAUCAUUCAACCUACUUUGUAACCAAAGAUGCAAAAGCUGUGUAAAUUGAUUAUUUUUAAAUGCACACUCAUGUAUUUUCUUUUUUUUUUCUUUUUUUUUUUGUUACUUCCUCCUUCACAAACUAUUUUGUUGCUGUUCAGCAUGUUCUGCAUGAUCUGUAAUCUUCAAACCACUUUCUUACCUCAUUUUUAUUCAGCACUCGUAUUGUAAGAUAGUCUGUGAACAGUGUAAAUGCGAGGAAAACAAUGCAGAGCAGAAGAGUGGGCCGAGAGAAAAAUAACCUAGUGUUACUGACACUAGUCACAGAAAAAUGAAGUGAGCCAUGUUUUGUUCAUUUAAAUGGUGUUUGAAUUUCAUAUGCCAAUAGUUUUGUUACAUUGCAAAUUUUAAUGUAUUUAAAUAAAAGCAAUAUUCAGAUUCCAAA